AUGGCUUCAAGAUUUAUCAAGUAUAAAACUGCACCCGUAUUCCCAAAACUCCAAUACUCCAUCAAGCAAUUUUCGUCAAAAUCAUUCAAAUUUAUUAUGCCAAAGCCAAAAGUACUUAGAGUCGGGAAAAUUUCAUUUGCUCAUGAGAAAUGGGACGAAAUUUCCAAAUUGGUUCAAGUUGUCGAUUGUGAAUCGGCCAAUAGAGACGAGUUUUUCCAGGACUUGCAAGGUAAAUACAAAGAUGUCACUAAUAUCUUACGUACAUUUGCCUCGGUUGAGCAAACGGGGAGAUUCGACGAAGAGUUGGCUCUGCAUAUGCCGGAUACUUUGGUAUCAGUGAGUCAUACGGGUGCUGGGUACGACCAAGUUGAUAUUGACCCAUUCACCAAAAGAGGAGUACAAGUGUCCAAUGUAACUGUUCCGGUAGAAGCGCCAACCGCCGACACGGCUUUAUACUUGACGUUAACCUGUUUAAGAAAUUUUCAGCAAGGACAUGAUUUGAUGAUGCAGGGAGAAUGGCCUAAGAAGGGGUUUGCCGGUGCCAAGUUGGGACGAAGCCCCGAAGGUAAAGUGGUUGGUAUUUUGGGAAUGGGUGGUAUUGGAAGAGCAAUUAGAGACCGAUUAAGGCCACUUGGAUUCAAGGAGAUUGUUUAUCACAAUAGAAGUCAGUUGAAACCGGAAUUGGAAAAUGGUGCAAAAUAUGUAAGCAAAGACGAAUUGUACAAGCAAGCUGAUAUCAUUUGCAUCAGUGUUCCUUUGAAUGCCCAUACUCGUCAUUCCAUCAACAAGGAAGAGAUUUCCAAAAUGAAGGAUGGAGUGAUUAUAAUCAACACAGCUAGAGGUGCGGUAAUAGACGAGCUGCAAUUACCAGAGUUGAUCCAAACGGGUAAAAUUGGUGCUUUUGGUGCCGAUGUGUUUGAAAAUGAACCAGAAGUUUCUCAAAAGUUGCUCGACUUCCCCAAUGUUGUCAGUUUGCCCCACAUGGGAACAUUUACAUACGAAGCUGUGAAAAAUAUGGAGGAAUGGGCCGCUGAUAACGUUGAAGUGUGUUUGAAAACAGGCAAAGUUAAGUCGAUUGUCCCAGAACAGUAUGACAUGAAAAUUGAUGCAAAACCAUUGAUAUAG